CUUCCAGGUUGGUUCAGCCCCCGUCUACUCCGGGGUGGUGCUUAGCCGGCGCCAGACCGACCCUCGACUUCGGAGGGGCAGUGCCGUUCCUCUGGGCGCUUCCUCGGCGGCCGCUUCGGCUCCUCCAGCCUCCUCGGCCUCCUCAGCGUCCGCAGGGACCCGAGACCUCGGUGUAUGCCCCACCCCUGACCCCGCUAGAGAUAUGUCCACCCCGGCUCGGCGGCGCCUCAUGCGGGACUUCAAGAGGUUGCAGGAGGAUCCUCCGGCUGGAGUCAGCGGGGCUCCGUCCGAGAACAACAUAAUGGUUUGGAACGCGGUCAUUUUUGGGCCUGAAGGGACCCCGUUUGAGGAUGGAACAUUUAAGCUUACAAUAGAAUUCACUGAAGAAUAUCCAAAUAAACCACCUACGGUUAGAUUUGUCUCUAAGAUGUUUCAUCCAAAUGUCUAUGCAGAUGGUAGUAUAUGUCUGGACAUACUUCAGAACCGUUGGAGUCCAACCUAUGAUGUGUCUUCCAUUUUAACAUCCAUACAGUCCCUACUGGAUGAACCCAAUCCCAAUAGUCCAGCAAACAGCCAGGCUGCACAGCUCUACCAGGAGAACAAGCGGGAAUAUGAGAAACGUGUUUCUGCGAUAGUAGAACAGAGCUGGCGCGACUGUUGACACGGGUGCAGCUAAAGAAGAGGCUGGUCAUAAGAAAAAUAUCUAUCGAUGUGUUUGUCACCUUCUUAUUCCUCAAUGUCAUUACAUUUACUUUAUUAAAAGCAAAAUAGCUGUUGUGCUGUUUCCAUCUUCCCUUGCCAAGCUUUUCCUACCCCUUCUACCCUCUCCUUGAACAUCAGAAAACACCCUCUAUGAGAUCAAAUGUACUGUACCUGGGUUACGUGCAAAAAUUACUACUGCUUCAUUCCCUUUCCGUUGUGUCUCAUCUCCAGUUUUAGGGCAGUAUUGCAUUACUGUACUUUACACUAAGCUUUUCAAGUGAAUUGUUAUACAAGUGGUGCUUAUGCAUAGCUUGAUGACCGGGAUGUUAUUUUUAACAAAAUGAUUGCUAAAGUGUUUCACCCUGGCUGGUCCUUCACUUGUGUUGGAUUUCGAAGUGAAUGUUUGGAAUACGGCCUACGGAAAACAGGGAAACAAAUCCACAUAAACUAUCCAUUCUGAAAGAGCAAUGGAGGCUUAAAGGCUGUUAUACUGAGAUCUAACCAAUACGAGUUACAAGGUGGUUUUUACUGGUGGGAAGGAAAAAGUUAAAGGACUCAGCCAAAGGAACGCGGCAAUUGUUGUAACUGACACAUCCUCUCCUUGCAAGAUAUUCACUGGGCUCAUCCGUGCUAAGUUUCAGAAUUCUAAAGUCUGGGUUUUUGCUUUUUAAAGAGGUGUGGGAGCAGAGGAAUGGAAAACAAUCAUUAGUUUUUAAGCUAGGGAAGGUGGAAGAUCCUUUAAUCUUUUUAAAGGAGCAGUGCUACCCUAGAUAAAACCCCGUCAUUUUUUUUAGAGUUUUAACCCAAGGAAGGGAGCAUAUCUGUGGCAAACUAUUUUCCACUCAAACCGAGUUUUUUUUUUUUUUAAUUUAUGAUAGUCACACAGAGAGAGAGAGAGAGAGAGAGAGAGGCAGAGACAUAGGCAGAGGGAGAAGCAGGCUCCAUGCACCGGGAGCCCGACGUGGGAUUCAAUCCCAGGUCUCCAGGAUCGCGCCCUGGGCCAAAGGCAGGCGCCAAACCGGUGCCACCCAGGGAUCCCUCAAACCCUGAGUUAAUGCUGCAUGCUUUAGUUCCGUCUUCCCUUUCAGUAUUAUAAGAACCUUAAAGUCACGUUUGUGAUCUUUCUUUGGAUAUUUAUACUUUAGAUAGUACCUUUAAGUAGCAGUGUGGGACGAGGCUUGUACAUGUUUUGUCUAAUGUUCCAUCGUCACCUUUUGUGCAUUUGUCACUCUUCUAAAUCUAACUUUGCACAAGUAACCCAUGUAAAAAAAUGUACAUUUUUCAAAACUUGUAAAUAAAAAUAACCUUAAAAUUU